AUGUCAUCAAGUUACCCUUCCGGCGGUCUUGGGAUACAAAAAAAAAAAAACCCUCCCAAAAAAAGUGUUCCCUGAAAUCUGAGGUGAUCAUGAUGUGUGUGAGCGACACUCGUAAUGCUCGUGUUUCUGUCCCCCAGGAGGAGUGAGAGGUGCUGACCAUACUAUUCUGUCUCCAUGUUGAGAGAGGUAAUUCACUGAAUGGCCUCACACAUAGACACCUAUUGCUAUAAAAGAGGCACCAUGAGGACAUGACAUGAGAGCAUCCUACUAAUUUGGUAUUAAGAAACUUCAACAUCAACUUGUUUGGUGCUGUUCAUAAACGCGUCUUUUAGCUUGAUUUUAGAUGUUGGUCUCACCACAUCUACUUUUGCACGUAGGAAUAUACAUUUUUUUUUCGGGCAUUCUUCAUCAAACCCUAAACCCUUCCCAUCAUGAUUCUGGCAGACUCAUUGUCGUGAUUCCUCGCUUCCUCCCAAUACACGGUUCCCUUAGACCUGCCCCAUUUUCAAAUAGAUCUUCAUCAACAUUACUUAGUUGUAGUUUUACUCUCAGCAUAAGGAGAUUGCCGUUUGUGUUCUCCUCGAAGGAGAUUACAACUGAAUUAGUACUGUGAUAGUACUCAAACUGAGUUCACCUACUGGUGCGCCAAGUUGUUUACAUGAUUUGUUGAGUUUAUACGCUGGGCGCUGAAUUUCUCGCGAUACAACUACGUUCUUGGUUUACGUACGAACAGUUGUUGAGAGCAUUAAUAUGAGUGCACAUAAUUAGCACAGAAUCCUUUCCCACUGAUUCACUGAUUUCCACAUGUUGGUCUUCCACCUUGUCCCAUAAAAAUCACCAACUACAACAAACAUUUCUUGUACAUCUUCAACGAGCAAACGUCGACCGAACAAAACGAAAAGAUCUGUUGUCGUCUGAAUUUGGUGCUGUGUAGUUGUCAGUUUCCAACACCUACCUAUUUGGAUACAGAAGAGCACAGUAUGGCGCGUUCAUCAACAGCUUCUGAGCAGGAAGCCCCGCCUCCAGGUGGUCCAGUGGGCCGCCAGGGUUUCGAAGGCACAUCAACGAAUGCAAAUCCGUUUCAUCCUCGAACGAAGUCGGGGAUGAAGAUCGAGGAUCAAACAGAUUUGCAUUUAGGCGACGCGGCCAGGGUGUUUGACUAUGCCAUCGCGGAAUUGGAACGCGCCUUCGAGUCGCGUCCGGUGCCCACCGGCUUCGCCAAGCACGACUACAUGCGCUUUCUGCGCGCGCGGAAGGGCGACGUGGACGCCGCGGCCCAGCAAAUCGAAAACUACGUAAAUUGGAAAACAAGGGUUGGCGUCAAGACCGACAUGUACGAAGAAACAAAUAGAGCAACAUCGUCCACCUCGUCGUCAACAACCCAACAUGCAACAUCCACAACGACCGGAGGUAGAAUUUCUAGUGAUAGAGGAGCAGCGGGAGGAGCUCCUGCACCUUCGUCUUCCAGUGGACCAUGCGGUCGUGUGCCGGAGCACAAGUACAUGUGGUCGCGAUUACGCGAGUACGCAAGCGUCGCAGAGCUCGAUCGGGAGAUACAGAGCUGCUAUCCGCAAGGCUGGGGAGGCGUAGAUAAGGAGGGCCGACCGAUCUACGUCGAGCGAAUCGGUAAAGCAGUGCCAGCAAAAGUAGCCGAGCUAUUUGACCAAGAGAAACUGGAGAUACUCGUCGGCCUCCAAAGCGAACACACAAGACAUCUCAAGUAUACUAGCUACUUAAAUUCAGCGAAGCUCUCUCUCUCAGCGAAUAAAACUUUCCAUUCAUCAGCUUAUUUUAUUUUAGAUUAAGCUUUCUUCACUCUGCCUUCUUAGGUACCUUGCUGUGUCUCGGAAAACGGGUCAGCCAAUCUUUGGGAAUACGUCAGUGGUCGAUCUUCGCGGCGUCUCAAUCAGUCUAGCACGGCAUCCAAUCGUGCGAAAGCUCAUCAAACUCAUGUCGAGGGUACCGUUGUUACACCAUACUAAAAAAAGGAAGUCCAAACAAAUUUAAGUUUGUUUACAUUGGAGGCAGAGUACCAGUCUCCUUGUUUUUGCUUCUUCAACACACAGAUUCGUUCUACCUUGAUCUAAGAGAAAACAUUGGUUUACUAUUUGCUCACCUUCCUAAGGUCUUCAAGCAUCAUCUUCCCCUUCUUCUUCUUCUUCCUCUUCCAUCUUCUACUUAUUUCAUCUAGGUGUAGCAUUCUUUCUUUCCAGUACUGUGCUCUCCGCUUCAAAGCUUAUUUCGCCAACUACAGGUAUGUUCCGAGAAUUUUCCAGAGUCUGCAGACAAGAUCAUUAUCGUCGGUGCUCCUUGGGGUUUCGAAACGGCCUGGAAUAUCCUUAAGGGCCUCCUAGAUCCAAGAACGGCUGAAAAGGUCAUUAUCAAGCGGAAGCAUGAAGACAUCUACCAGUAUAUCGACAAGAGCCAGCUGCCGGUACUACAUAUACGGAGUUAUGAGAGCAGAUUUGUGUUUAUAUAUAAGUAUUUUGAGGAUUUUUAAUUACGUACAACUACUUAUAAUGUGUUCAUCAUCUACUUGUUAAGGAUGGAGUACAGCAAAUGCAGAAGUUGAUACUCUGAAGAUGGAUUUGUAGUUGGAAUCAUCAUCCUUGGUUCUCAGGACUUUUUGGGCGGCUCAAUUGGGGAAGCACAGUAUCGAGAUGACUAUCACCCGGGGCAUCCUUGGGCAAGUGACGAGUUUCUGGAAGAAGUAUCGAGAAAAGGAACCUUGAAAGUGUGGGAGGAAGUCCUGGGCGCUGCAUCUUCUAUCACGACAGGGAAGGAUAGCAAGGACAACAGCAGCACCGUGAACAGUAGAACUUCUAAGCAAGGUGCAGGUGCUCCUCCUGGUGUGGUGUCGGUUUCCACCUCUGCUGGUACAAGUACAUCACAGCAAGCAACGAUUUCCACGUCAACGCCCCAACCAUCCACCUCCGGAGCCAUGCAGGCAGCAGCCUCCAAGCUGCCAAGAGUUUUCCGUACGUCCAGCCGCGAAAAUGCGAAAGUUUUCUCAGGCUUCGGGUCGACCUUCGGGGGAUCCAAACCUAGCAAGGAGACGAGUCGCAGCAAGGAAACAAUGCCUAGUACAUCCCAAUCCCGAGCAACUCCCAAUCCCCUCCUGCAGCCCAGAACAGAGGACUACAACAACGCCAAUAAUAACUCAGCGACCACUUAUAGUACCAAAGGAGCUUCCUCCAAGAUGAAAGCAAAAGGAGUUGGGGGAGAGUUGAGCGCAGUACUAGAAGCAGCUAGAAGUGGCGAUGCGCUGACGGAGGAUGCGAUGCCCUGUCCGGAAGGAUCUCCAGGUUUGCUGAGCAGCAAUGGGAAGAAUGGGGCGUCUACAGCAUCGUGCAGCACUACGAAUGGCGCGUCCACCUCAGAGGAGACGAGGAGUCCUGCGAUAUCCUGCGGUCACAGUAAACCGUCUUAUAUCGCGGAAGAGUUGGAUUACCUAGGAGAUGAAGCGGGUGUAGACGAUCCUAAAGGUGGAGGUAGAAAAGGUGUAGCAGGAGGCCUUCGUGGAAGGGGACGAGAAGGUGAAGCUGCAGACACAGACACAACUGGACGAAAGAUGUUAGUAGUAGAAGGACAACAAGAAGAUGAUGAAGAGAUUUCUAGUCCGCGUGCUGCUACGACAUCAACGGCAAUAAGUAAGGGGUUCUCCUCUUCUUCUUCAACAUCUUCUACUGCUGUGCUGCCCGAUUCCUGGGCUCUCAGUGACUUUUUUUCCUCUCUAUUCGCAUCAUCAUCUCCAUCCUCGCAAGAAGUACAAAUAAGGGACGAAACAACGUCAAAUAGAACCAGGACCUCCGCAGGAGACGGAGAGGGUCUGCUAUCUUCAACGAACGCCGAUAUAAUUAUAGAGAGGGACGUCGAGGAGAUUGGAAGCAAAGCCGAUAAAGACGUGUGCAUAGAGGGAGAGGAAGAAAUCGUGCGGACAGUUGCACAACCUACGCUGUGGAUUUUGUUCCAGACAUGCUCUCCUCUCCAGCUAGGCUCCUGUCGCCGCGUCCCGGCGUCGACUUGA